AUGAAUAAAAGGACGAUAUACUACCGCGGCCGAGAUGCUGAAAAACACGGCCCAGCCAAACAGCCACCACGAGAUGGUUCGUUAUCCGGAACAGAGCACAAAGACAACACAAGGAAGAUACGCGGGUUUCAUUGGAUUAUAAUCUGCGUCUCUCUCUACAUUACCUGCGCCCUCUAUGGUCUCGACACAACCAUAGCGGCAGAUGUCCAAGGCCCCGUGGUUCAAGACCUAGGCCACGUUGAACAACUUGCGUGGGUUGGAGCCGGCUUCCCAUUAGGUUCUGUCUGCGUUAUUCUCUUGCUUGGAACCCUAUACAGAACUUUCAACAUGAAAUGGAACUUCGUUGCGACCACGGUGCUCUUCGAGGCUGGCUCAGCACUCUGUGGGGCUGCGCCGACUAUGAACGCCUUGAUUGUCGGUCGCGUAAUCGCCGGCGCCGGGGGUAGCGGUAUAUACCUCGGUUCAUUGCAGUAUUUCGCAGUCAUGACGGAAGAGAAGGAGCGUGGCUUCUACAUGGCUCUUGUUGGCGUGUUUUGGGGUCUUGGUGCUGUCCUGGGACCUGUUAUCGGCGGUGCCUUCGCCGUAUCUUCAGCAACUUGGCGCUGGGCUUUCUACAUCAACUUGGUCAUUGGUGCUAUCUCAGCACCGGCCCUUCUCUUCUAUCUUCCAUCCAUUCAUCCUAUACAAGGCGUUAACAUAAAAAACCGGCUUGCGACUAUCGACUUUGUUGGCUUCAUUCUUAGUGCUGGCCAAUACUUUGCUCUCUUUACUACUCCGGCACAACGCCUAUUCCCGGGACAUCUGUUACGCAACCGAACUCAAGUGCUGCUAUAUGUUGUUACAGCAGCUGGUACCACGACACUUUUCGUUGUCGUGUAUUACAUCCCCAUAUAUUUUCAAUUUGUCAACGACGACCAAGCGCUGAUGGCAGCCGUACGCCUACUCCCUUUUGUCGUUGUUGGGGUGACGGUGAACCUCGUCUCGGGAUCCUUCCUCCACUUCAUCAAGGUAUAUAUGGUUCUGUAUGUCAUAGCCAGUAUCUUCUUGAUAGCAGGAGGUGGUCCCUUAGUUGUUUACCUCGACCCCAGCUCAUCGACGGGAACCAUCAACGGCUUGACAGUACUCAUUGCUGUCGGUAGCGGUCUAUCAAUGGUGACCUCCUUUACAAUCGCCUCAUUGACCUUGAAGCCAGGGGAUGCGGGUGCCGGAAUCAGUUUGCAAAAUGUAGCGCAGAUAGGCGGACAAGUCAUUUCUCUCGCUAUCGCUGGACAGAUAUACCAAUCGACUGCUACCAGAAAUCUCUCUGCGGCCCUGGCCAGCCAUGGCUACUCGGAUCAGGAUAUUCGGGGAGCCGUAGCAGGUGCGCAAAGUACUUUGUUCCAGGAGUUAGACGGGGAGCUUCGAAACAGAGCAAUUGAAGCCAUCACCGGGGCAAUGCAGAUGACCUUUGUUUUGGUACCUGUGGCUGGAGGUGUCAUGCUAAUCGCCGCCUUAUUCAUGAAGCGUGAAAAGCUUUUUGGGAAAGUUGUAGUAGCUGUUGGUGCUUAG